UAUCUACGAGAAACACACUGACUGAAAGUCGAGUCCGAAAUGCUGCGCUGUCAAGCACUGCUCGCCUUCCUCGCCUCCUUGAAACGACAAGAUACCUUCAUUCCAUGAUUGAUUGAGGAAAAUUGUAUUUUUUCGAGAUCCGAACGAGAACAAUGUCGUAUUGGAAAAAUGGUUUGUUGCUAAUCGCUGUGCUGGAAAGCGUUUUUGAACAAGCAAACACCAACGGAAUGAACGAGCUCCUUCUGAGCGAAAUCACAUCGUUUGUUUUGGAUAAUGGUUACAAGUUUGUGAGUGUCAUAUCCAACGGAUUUCCGAACUAUGAGACCAACCUGACCUUGAAAUUACAAGCCGAGACGGACAUUCGAACCAGAGUAGUCGACAAUGAUACUUUCAGAGAGCAUUUCAACUUUGAACUAGAUUUCAUGAUCAUCUGGGAAGACAUGCUGGACGAGGAUCGAUUGCCCCAAACUUUGGAACUCCUCACUCAGAUCAAAAUCAAAUUUGCUCUUUUAGUCGUGCCCAUACUCGAUGAAGCGAGGAAGCGAUUUUUCCAUCAAUCUAUGACAAAGUUAAUGAAGAAUGCAUAUUUUUAUCUGGUGUGCCUGAAGGCUUCCGCUGGAGAUGGACCCAAAGCGGUAUUCAAAUACAUCAUCUCGCUGAACUUUCAGCCCCAAUAUGUCGAAAAUGAUGUGAUGUUCCACUCAAAUUCUCGUUUGGUUUGGGAAAGCUUCAACCUCCAAGGACUUUCUAUUCGCUCGGUGGCCUUGAGUUGGUCGCCUUACUUAAACUUAAAAGAUUGUGAUCAACAAGGUGACAAUUGCUCAAGCUCAGGGUUCCUCGUGGACUAUGCUAAUCUCAUUGGUCGCUUGUUCAAUUUCACCGUCGUGUCCACCCAAGAUAAAGACCUGAAUUGGGGCGUGGUACCGAUUUCAGGGCCGUUCAAUUCCAGUGGAACUUGGGGAGGAACCAUGGGUGAUGUCAUCAAUGGCAAGUUUGAUCUGUCCUUGAGUCAAUGGAUUUGGAACAUUGAGAGGCAGGAUCUGCUGGAUUUUGUCAUCACCUCGAGUAAUUGGCUUCAACUAGCCCUAACGCCUCAGCUCCCUGAAGUUGACACUGGGCUCUUCUUGCGGCCAUUCACUUACGACGCUUGGAUGGCCAUUCUGGCCAUCACUGGAGUGGUGAUCGUGGCGGUUUUGGCGCCUUACUUGAUCUUUUAUUACUAUGAGUACACCACCGGGUACAUGAUCACCUCCACCACGGGGUGGUAUUUCUUUGUGCUGGUCAAUGCAUUUUACGGGGGCGCCCUGACCAUGUUCUUUACCAGCGAGAUCACCAUCCCAUUCAGGACCAUUAGGGAUGUGAUGCAAGCCUAUCCGGAUUACAAGCUACUAAUGAUGGAUGGAAACGAUGUCCACUUCCAGUACAAAGCCUUGCAGGGCGACCCUGACUAUGCCACGUUUUGGAAUAGGGUGGUGAAUCAAAGGGCUGAAACCGUAGUGGGCUCUCUGGAGGAAGGGCUCCAAAAGAUCCAAUCCGAAAGAGCGGUGUUGCACGUCUUUGCCGGAAUGCUUCGUGGAUACUUUCAAGACAACCCAUUUCACCAACAAAAUCUGAAGAUAUUUGCCCAGCAGAAGCCACAAUUUCAAAGCAUCAUAUUUCCCUCCAACUCGCCUCUGCGAGCAGUUUUCCAGUCUGGAUCCCUGAUUUUGAGGGAAAAUGGUGCGGAAGAAAAGUUAUUGGCCCAAUGGGAAGGACCCGAGGUUUCGUCGUCCGGGGGCGUGGACAAAAUGGUACUAGAACCAGGGCAAGUCAUUCUUGUGUACAUCAUCAUGGGCGGGGCACUCUUGGUGUCCUUUAUCACUUUGGGAAUUGAAGUUUUGUGGAAAGGUGUUCAAAAUGGAAACCCUCCACGCGGUAUGAAAAAGGGUCAUGGACUGCAUCAUGGACCAACUUUAAUCAAGAAGGCAUUCGCAAAUACCUAGAACUACGGUCAUCUUGUAUCAUAAAUGGACAUCUUUUAUAUAGGACUGAUUACUUGAACUCAAAUAUGAAAAAUAUGGCUGGCAUAGGACAGAGGAGCCGUGAGAUUCGGUUGGAUUUGGGUUUCAUUCACAUCGGAAGGUGAUAAAUUGCAAUCAUGCAACCUCGGUCACCUAUUCAGAUAUUUUUUUGCGCUGAAUUUCAACGACGGGGAACAAUUCUGAUACUGGAUGGACUAUAUCCCGACAUGAUUUAUAUAUCCAGGACGGUGAAGAUUAUUUCUUUUUCUUCUUUGGGGGUUUUGGGUCGUUACAACUACAUCAAAUUAAAAUGUAAUGGGAUUACACUUUCGUUUUCGAAAAAGGGAACGAAUAGCAGCAAUUUCGUUAAUUGUCAUUUCCUUACCACUCUCCUACUUAACGGGUGCUCGCUCCUCUUCAAAUUUCAGUGUUAAUGUUAGUAUCUCUGCAUCUACUUAUGCUUUCUGCCACCUCAAAUUUGUUGGUGCAUUACGCGAAUGUAGAGAUAAAUAAAAAAUUACUAUUUAUAUCUUGACUGGCUUGGAAUCGCAUUUCCACUUUGUGGAAAGAAGUCCGUUUUUUUAAAAUGGAGGACCUAGUUAGUUCUUGAAAAUAACGUCCAUCUGGAAAUUCAUUUCAAGAUAUCCCCAGGAUUCUCAGGGUGGCGGGUUCAUUUACUGGCAUACUUUGGAAAUGUCGACUAAUGGAAAAAUGAUACAAAGAAUUGUUGUUGUUUGAGCCAGGAUUGAAUGCAAAAACUUAAUCAAUAAUGAUCCAGUGCAAUGAAUCCACAUUAAGCACGGCCAAAGCUUUGCUGGAGUCAUCAAUAUCGAUGCAAAAGCAAAAAAAACCGUCUCCCACAAGUCGGGAUGAAUUUCUGCUUAGAAUUGUAAAACCUGAAACCUCCCAACAGGCACCACAUGGUGUAAAGCUCAAUCUUUGUAACCUAGCCACUGUCUUUAUGUCUGAUCAAUCACUUUGGCAUAAAAGAACCAAAGCUGGUUCCCGAACCCGACGAAUCGAAAAUUUUAAGUCAAUAUUUUAUUAAUGUAAAAAUAAGUUUUGCAAUUGGUAAGUCCAUGGAAAAUAUAUAAAAGUCUUCAAUAAGUUAUAAAGGCGUAUUCUUUUUCUUGACACAUGAAACUGUUUUUUUGAUCACAUUAUAAAUUACAAACAGUCCCUAGGGUUAUGAUCUAAUCAAGGAAACUUGCUAGAUUAAUUGUGUCUAGCGAUGGGAAAAAUUAGUAAAUCAUUCCCUUAUAGGUCAAGAAUCCAUGACAGGUUAUUCCCAUAGGGUCUGUCAAAGAUAUCUUUAGAAAAGUUGGCUAGUUAACGUCUUUUAAGAAAACCAAAUGAUAGAGGCAGGAUAUAUCUAAGUAAUGACAAUAAUAAAGAUUUGGCCGAAAAAGGGCUCAUUAUUAUUUUGACAAGAAUUUGACAAGAAUGUGAGAGACCACAAGCAGCGACAUUAGGAUUGAAUUAAUUUGCUUGCAAAAGAAGGCCCAACUUGGUUAUCCGGUUGGAUGACCUCUUAGAUACCCUUGAACGAAUUACCAAUGCGUGAAAUAUGUGAACACAGUAAUAUGGACUAAUUGUUCGCAAGGAUCAAUCUAACCUGAAAAUCCAACAACAGGGGCCCUCAAAAAAUAUGUACGCCUGCAUCUUUGUAUCCCAGAAUGGGCACGAUAACAGU